AUGAGCUGUUUGGAUGUAAUGUACCAAGUGUAUGGUCCUCCUCAGCCUUACUUUACCACCGCCUAUAGUCCUUACCACCAGAAACUAGCCUUUUACUCCAAGAUGCAGGAAGCCCCAGAGAGUGGCAGCAACAGCAAUGGUAGCAGUGGCAGCAGUGGCAGCUCUUUCUCCAGCCAUACCCCAGCCAAUAUUAAAGAAGAGGACUGCAGCCCAGAGAAGGAGAGCCCUCCAGAAGCUGAAUACAUUAGCUCCAGAUGUGUCCUGUUCACCUAUUUCCAGGGAGAUAUCAGCUCAGUGGUGGAUGAGCACUUCAGCAGAGCUCUCAGCCAGCCCAGCAGUUAUUCCCCAAGCAGUGCUGCUGCCAAGACUAGCAGGGGUGCCAGCUCAUGGAGGGGUCAAAGAAGUUUUCCUCCAUCCUUCUGGAACAGCAGUUACCAGCCAAAUGCAGUUGCUGCUGCCUCAUCGCUGGGCAGCAGCUUAGGCAGCCCACUUACUGGUCCUCACAGUGAAAUUCCUUUUGGAGCAGAUCCUUAUUCCCCUGCUUCUCUUCAUAGUCACCUACACCAGGGUCCACCUGAGCCCUGGCACCAUGCCCACCACCAUCACCACCACCAUCACCCAUACUCAAUUGGGGGAGCAAUAAACAGUCAGGGUUCAAGUUAUCCCCGGCCUGCCAUGCAUGAAGUUUAUAGUACGCACUUCGAUCCUCGCUACAGCUCUUUACUUGUUCCAGCAUCAGUCCGACCCCACAGGAUCACGCCUGCAGUUUCAGCACCUCCUGCAACACAGUGUGAUUUAAGCAAGGCAGAAGCAGCAACCUCUGCAUGGACAACUCCUGGGCCCUAUCCAGGACCAGCAGGAGACAUGGGACAAAGCCUUAGCUUAAAUGUGGAUGCAGGUAAGCACUGUCUGAAAAUUUAA